AUGAACAACAAACAAAAUAAAACUCAAUCACAUGGACUAAGGGCUACUAUUUAUGAUUCACCAUCACCCACCAGUAGACCUGUGACACGGUCAUCAUCCAGUGCAAAAUGGGAACUAGGUUGGGAAGAUCCAGAUGCACUACUGAAAAUAUCUGUGUUCAAUGAAUCACACGUGCAACGGCCAAAGGGUGCCUCACUAAUACUGAGGAACAGGAUAUCGCGAAUGGAGCAACUAAGUUUACAUGGAAAAAAGAGAAACCGGUCUUUCUCAGUCAGUUUCAAACCACAAAAGUAUUUAUCAUUGUUUCGAAAAUUUGCCAAGAGCGUUAUUCUACUUUUGAAGUGUUUUAGAAUGCGACGAAAAUUUGCUGUCCAGUCAAGGAAUAUGACUUUAAAGCACACGGAACAAACUGGCGAUUUUAAUGUAUUUAAGACCAGUUCAAUAAACCGGGAAUUGCAAAUUAUAUUAUCAACUCCACCCGAACAUAGAACAAUAGAAAAUUUGAGAAAAAUCCAGUAUUAUAUGAAAGCAACUGGGGCACAUAGACUUUUAGCAAGUGCUUCAACAAAUGAAGAUUUACAAAACCUUGCUCGAUAUGUUGCAUAUGAAAGAUAUGAAAAUGACCGAGUAGUUGCCCAGCAAGGGCGCCCUCCAGAUAGAUUUUAUUUUUUGAUCACCGGAAAACUGCUAAUUGUGAAGGAAUAUCAAAUAGACACAGGAAUAAUUUCCAAAACAGUCGGAGUUCUAACGAAAGGAAUGACAACAAAUGUAGAGGAAAUGGAAAAACGAAAUUUACGAAAAUCUUCUCUGAUUUGCCGAGGACCUGUUGAAACUCUCGUUCUUGAUUGCGAUAAUUAUUUUCUAAUACACGGAGAAAGAGGUGGAGCACCUAGGGAGUUCCUGUCAAGACAUUCACUAUUUCGAACGUUUCCAUUUGAGACAGUUAAAUGUCAUAAACAGUUAUUGAAGUUGCAAUAUUUUCCCAAAGGUGCUAUUAUUUUUGGCGGUGGUUCGGAAUUUGAAUGGAUUUAUAUUAUAAAAUCAGGGGAAUGUUCAUUGAUACGAGUGCAAACUGUAGCCGACUUCAAGAAAAAAUAUCCUGCUUCCUCCAUAAACAAUUUGGAAUUUGGAAAUAGACGCCGUAGAUCGAAGUCAGCAGCUGAAAAGCUUGCUGAUUUCCGAGCUUGGAAAGGUCCCAAAAGGUCACCACUGAGCUUUCGACAGACUCGUCCUCACAACAAUGAAGAACAAGGUAGACAGAUGGAAUUGCACAAAGCAAGGUCUACAGGAAUUCCAUUAUUUUCAAAUUCUUCGAAUCAAGAUGAAAAUAAAGGACUCAAGUUCAAUCAGGAGCAAAAUAACAAGACGUUCUCAACAGAGAGUGAAGGUUUUUACCGACCAAAAACUGUCGGUGAUGAAUUAAAUAGUUCGGAUUAUACCUCUGUUGGUCGUGUAAAAUUGAUACCAAUACUGGGAAAAAGUAAAUUCACUUCAUCACAAACAUAUGCUAGAAAAGAAAAGGCUCAAAGUGCGUCACCAAGAUAUAGACAAGCUUAUCUAGAACUUGGGAAAUUGAAAUAUGGAGAUGUUCUGGGCUUUGAAAACACAUUUCAAAUCGAAGAUUUACCAAAUAUCAGAUUGAUGAGUGAAUCAGGAGCAGAAGUUGUUCUUUUCAACAGAAAUUUUUUUCUAAGAAAUGCUCCAACAUCACUUUUGAGUUUGAUAAGUUACCGAACCAGCAGCUAUCCGGACACACGAAAAGCUCGAUCGGACUUAGAAACUAUAGAGGCGUGGUCAAUGUACAAAGCCACACUUGUGAGAGCUUUAUCUGGAAAUAGCUCAUCUGGUGCCGAUGUAUUGUCAAACAGAGUAUUACAGAGAAAAUAUGUUUCUCAGCCGACUACACCGGGAAAUAUUUUUCUUCAAAAAUCACAAGCUCAUCGAAUCCCACCCGGGACGUCUGAUGGAAUCCGUUUUCCUAAAUUUCGAAACUCUUUCUCGUCUUCCGUGCAUAACAAUUUAUCUAUUACUAGGGGGACACGAAUAACGACAUAGAUGAGUUUAAUGACACUAAACUCCGAAGUUUGAGUUCUUUUUCUCCUGAUAUUCUAAAUAGAUAAUUACAGU